AUAAUAAAAACCACAUCAUCCAACUCACAUACUCACAAAGAAAACUCCAGUCAAUCGAGAUCAUUGUAAAGAAAUAUACCAUGAUGAUGGCCAAAUUGCGCCUCGCCGUGUUUGUUUCUGCUUUGGUUUUGUACCUUAACUCAAGCACUUGUUUUAGCCCUGUCGAAGCCGCGGGCGUGCCCGUUAAUAAGAGGACUACACGUCAGAACGAAGUAAGCGCUUCCUCAAUUUACCAACUGGGUGACAUGACGUCUUGUACUACGGGGUUGAGUCUGGUGAACAGCGGGCUGGACUACAAUGGGUACGGGUGUUACUGCGGCUACGGGGGCACCGGCAGCCCGCUGGAUGAAACGGACACUUGCUGUUAUGCUCAUGACAAAUGUUACGAGCAAAGCCCGUGUCCCGAUUCCUUGAAGUACUCCAUUCCAUACAAGAAGAAACUGAGUUCGUGUGGCACUGACGACGCAACCAUCACUUGCAAGAGGGCCUCCGACUACCCAUGGUACUACGGGAGCACGAAGUACUGCGCUGAAGCAAUCUGCAACUGCGACAAAGCUCUUGCCUUCUGCUUCAAGGAGACGCGGCCAAGCUACAACGAGGAUUAUUGCGACUGGAGCAACUCCAAAUGCUAGGCACUGGGCCAAUAAGUCUUCGAAACGAUUGUGUAGUCUUAUCGUCAAUAAUAAGUAUUGAUAAUAGUCAUGACAUCGCACUUUAUGAAUAAUUAAACAGCACCCUUUAAAAAAAAAAAGGCGAUCGUGGCAACAGCCUGGACUUUGUAGUCUCCACUCAAGUCUCAUAUACUUCGCUCGGUUUUGAAUUCCAAAGUUACGAUGACCUUGUCAAAAGGUAUACAAGAACCUUAACAGCCCGAUUUGCAAGAGCAACCGUAGAAAACACAUUAUUGGCCAACAAAAAGCCGCUACAUAGAUGUAAUUUGUGAACAGCCACAAAAAUGGUCGCACGCUUUAAAGAUUCUAAUAGUCGUAGGAAACGGUUUCUUUUUAAAGGAUUUUGGAAUAUCACUUCCGUGAGCUAUUUUUCACAAUCGAUGCUAAUAAAAGGCAAAACUUUUGUUAAUCUGAA